AUGCCACUGGCUACUUUGCCCGUUCUAGGCACGACUGCCGCCGCCCAGCGGGCCGUUCCGUCUCGCCUCCGGGGCGUGGGUCGCACCUACGAAGCCCUACUCUCCGCGCAUGCCAUCGACAGCAUCGCUGCGCUGCAGGACCUCUACCAUACCAGCCUGGGUGCCAGCAAGGACGAGCUCCAGCGCUUCCUCGCCGAGGUGGUGGGCAUCCGCAACUCGCACCACCGCCGCACUGUGGCGGAGCACGUGAGCGCGCUGACCUGGCAGGCGGAGGCGGAGCGCGCGCAGCGCGUGACCCUGGCCGUGGAGGGCAACAUCGGCGCGGGCAAGUCCACCUUCCUCAACAUCAUGGCGGACCAGGCGCUGGAGCUGCAGGACAUCAUCGAGGUGGUGCCUGAGCCCGUGGAGGAGUGGCAGUCGGUGGCUGGAGCAGAGGGCGGGGAGGGCCCCGUCAACCUGCUGGACCGCUUCUACAAGGACCCCCAGCGCUACGCCUACACCUUCCAGCACUACGUCCUGCUCACUCGCAUGCAAAAGGAGCGGGACUCCAGGAGCGGGCUCAAGCCGCUACGGGUGCUGGAGCGGUCCAUCUUCAGCGACCGCAUGGUCUUUGUGAGGGCCAUGCACGAGAGCGGGUUCCUGCAAGACAUGGAGGUCUCCAUCUACGACUCCUGGUUUAAUAUGGAGAUCGGGAACGACAAGCUGCUGACGCCCAACGGCUUCAUCUACCUGAAGGCCAGCCCCGAUACCUGCAUCCAGCGCCUACGGCACCGGGCCCGGGCCGAGGAGGUGGGGGUGAGCGAGGAAUACCUUGGCUCCCUGCAUGACAAGCACGAGGACUGGCUGCACUUCGGGGCGCGCACGCUGUCAGAGGUGGUGGAGGCCCAGAGGCACAUGCUGGAGACCGUGACACGCCUGCGACGGGACAAGCAGGGCCACCGGACGAGCCCCAUCCUGGAGGCCGCGACCAUGGAGGAGGGCGGGGAGGCGUCGCGCCUGCGGUUCACCCAGCCAGCCUGGCUGGUGGACGCGCCGGCCAGCAUCAAGGGCAAUAUCUACUUCCUGAAAGGCAGGGAUGUGUCCACCGGGGAUGCGGCGCUCUCCCUCCAGGAGGACAAGAUCGUCAACACGCUGCGUGAUGUGCCGGCGCUCAUGCUUGAGCACGGGCAGUCUGACAUCCUGCACGAUCCAGAGGCGCGACAAGACUACGCUCGCAAGGUCAAGGACUUUUCCGAGUACGUGGCCAAGCUGCAAAGCGCCAAGCGGACGCAGCUGCUGACUCAGCGCGGCACGCUGGAGCCCCUGGCCUGCUCCGCCGCCUUUGGCGACGACCUGCUGUCCCAGCGCCUGGCCGCGCUGAACCGGGAGCGCCCGCGCCAGUCGUUGCUGCUCUGA